UACUGUUUUUGUUUUUUCUUUCAAAUUUUGGUUGUCUUUGUCUUUUCUUUGUGAAUUGUCAAUAUAUGAAUGUUGUUUUGAUGGGACGUGGAAAAGAUUGAAACUUGUGGGGAAAUAUUGAUGGGUUUUUAUGGGUUUUUUGUUUGAGUUAGAAUUUCUCAUGUUCUUGAAAUCUUGAUUUCAACUCUGCUCAUGUUGCUAUGAUUUGGCAUGCUGCAUGUGUAUCUCACGAAUCGUUAGCUAAUGGUUUUUUUAGAAAUUGAAGUGAAAUUGUGCUGAUUGAGAUCAUUGCGGAAAAGAAAGUAUUCUUGAGCAUGUUAUUUGUCGUCAAUUGGCUUGACUUUGAAGAUAAAUCUAUCUCUCCUGCAAGAUUUUUGUCAUUCCAAUUAUUUUCGGAAUUUAGGAGAUUUUUCAUAUUAUUGAAUUUUUGACCAUUUGCCUCUUGCCCUUUAAAGAAAGGUGAAGCGAUAAUUAUGAUACUACAUUUUUUUCAUGGGGUUUCCUUGUAAUUUGUCUGUUACUGUGCCAAUUAUUUCAGUAGAUAGAUUUACGGCACCGCGAAAGUUAAAACAGAGCAUAUUUUACAUGCCAUGAUUUUUGUUAUGCUGUAAAUCAACAUUGAAAAGCAGUUGAGGCAUACAGUUUGCGAAAGGCUGAUGGUCCUUUAUUCCUGACAUUAUGGAAGUUAAUGGUAGAACUUCCCAUUGCAAUGAAAACCAAUGUUCGGAACCUUCUACGUCUCGUAAUGAACAGAAAAAGGCAGAAGAUAACAGACCAGACACUUCUCAAUUUGUUAAUCAUGCUACGAUUGAAUGGGAGGAGGACAGAAGAAAAUGGAUUGGAGAUAUAUCUCAGAGGUCUCAAAGAAUGCAAAAUGAUCCAAUUAUAAGCUGGUCAACAACGUACGAAGACCUGCUCUCGACCAAUGACCCUUUCCCUAAUCCAAUUCCUUUACCUGAGAUGGUAGAUUUUUUGGUUGAUAUCUGGCAUGAUGAGGGGCUUUUUGAUUAGAUACUCUUAUCUAAGUGGCUUCACAAACCAAAAAACAUCGACUUCUGCUGCCACAUUAGAUGCUGUUAAAUAGUGAUGAACGUACUUUUUGCUCGAUUAUGCUCCUUAAUGAUACAUUGUGCGGUAGAUAAGCUUCUGCUCUUAUAUACCAUUAUACAACAAUAAUCAUGCUCCGUUGAGAUAAGGUGCUAUAUCUCGUGUUCUCGAAUAAGUACCAUGUGUAAGUUAUUUGAGAUGAUCCAAGCAUGGCUUAUUUUGCCAGUUUUAGCUGUUGUAACAGUGUAGGUAGUGGCAUUCAAUCUGAUAAUCAUAGUUGUUGGUCUUGUCUCUUCUUAAGAUGAAGACGAGCUAAAUACUAGAUUUGUAUGAACACAUCAAAAAUGUGGCUAGAUGUUGGUGUGUAAUGCUUUAACUAUUUUUGUAGUUCAUCUCAACACUUGCAACUGUAAAAGUUUUCCUGGUUAUGUCUACUGUAAGAAUUUCCAAUACUUUUUAGCAA